AAUCGUUGGUGGCGCUCCGCGCGGACUUCUUGGAUCCGCGCUGGGCCGUUUUGGCGGCGCCUCCGGCGGGGGGUCCGGCGUGGAUGCAAGCAGUCCUCGCGGGCCGUGAUAAGUUGAUGUGUGUCGGUGCUGUAUUUUUCUUUUCUCCUCAGCGUCGGCGCCUGGGGCUCCGCGCCCGCGCGCGGCGCGGGGAUGGCGGCGAAGCCCGCCAAGGGCUCCUCGGUGCUCGGCGAGAUCUGGGCGUACCGCCUCGACGUGGACAUCGAGAUCCGAGGGUGGAUUUUGUUGUUUGCGACGAUCACGGCAGUGUGGCUGUUCCUGCUCCCGUGCUACUGCGCCGGGCUGUCCUGGGCACCCUUCCGCAGGUUCUCUUCGUGGCUGCAUCGGCGUCUCUGGCACUUCUACCUUUUUAUGUGCUGCUUCAACGCUGCGUUCAUGGUCCUUGUGAUCAAUUGGCUUCCAGAUUGGACGGCCGGCAGCUACGUCGAGCACCUGGCCAGUUUCACGAGCUUCAUGUUGGUGAGCAUGCUGCAGUUUUCGGGGUCGAUUGCAGUGAUCGUAGGCUUCUGCGUCGCAGCGGCCUUCAAAGACCGCAUCGCGCUGCUCCUGGGCAUUGACCACAGAAGCUUUUUGAAGUGUAAGUUGAGAGACUGCUUAACUUGUUGGACAAGCGCGCGGUUCCAACCCAUCGAGCUUCUCGUUUGGAAAGUGGAAGACUUGCCUUCAGAAGAUAUGUUCUCCGCUAAUAAUGUGUUCGUGGAAUUCUUUUUGGGUUUCAACGAGCCUAUGCGGACGCGUGUCCACAAGAGUGCGGGUAGCAGGUGCGUUGUGAAGCAGACGAUGCAACUAAAUUUCGACGAGGACGAUGAUGAGGACAUGCUCACGAUCUUCGUUCGGAACCAGAAGGUGGUCGGGUCAGCCGAGCUGGCCCGAGCUGAGAUCAAGGUGGACAGGCUGAGAGAAUUGCUUCAUGCCCACGCUCCAGAUCAGCGUGUAGAGUGGGAUGAACUGCAAUUUGAACGCGUGAACCUCAUACCACGUGGUACCAUCUGGUUGUCAGCAAGGCCUCUAGUGGAGGAUGGGUUUCUAGAGGAAAUGCAGUCGUUCAACGACUUCACCACUUGCUGAGUAAGUGUCGUCCGGAAGCACGUAUGUCACACGUACCCGAAAGUUUCACUCCUAGCGCCACUUCCCCUAUGUAUUCUUACGACGUGCAUGUUCCUCUUUCCGCUUCCGCGACGCGCCCUUACACUUCCUGUGAGAUGAUUGCCAUUCCUGGAGCCCUCUAGGAACACGCUGGGAAUGCAUGGGGCACAUCUCGUAAUUGAUUGGCGAAGCCCAGUUGCCACAACCUUAUUACGGGCACCAGUGUAUUUCGCUCCCGAGUGCCAUCACAUAAGUGUAUCCUCCUCUCUGCUCGACGUGAGCAGGAGCAGGAGCAGGAGCAGGAGGAGCAGGCGGCGUCGGACUGCGAAGAGAGUUUCGGCAACGUCGGGGCCCCCCCACGCGGCCCGUCGGGACUGGGGCCCGGCCGCGGGGUGACGGCGUGCUUUCGGGAUAGCCCCUCCCCCUCUCCCCCUCCUCCUCCUCCUCCUCC